AUGUUUAAGAGAGUGGUGUUUCUGGCGUGUUUAGUAACUUGUUGCUCCGCUCAGGUGCCAUGCCACGCUGGGUUCUUUGGUUCCAAAGGGCAAGCAUGUAGAGGUGGGUCUGUUAUUCGACCUAAUAAAAUAGCCUAAGGAUUUCUGACGUACUUCUGAAGCUGCGUUGUUUUCGGUCUCUGCCAUGCUCAGUUGGACACUUAGGGUCUUACUGAUGACAAUCUGAUGAGAGAGUUGUUUCUUUUUUUCAUGUUUCCAUAUGCUUUGCCAACCAUAUCAGCUAGGGGAAAUCGCAAAGCGUCCGUGUAAUAUUGUAUAGAUUUUUUUUAUAUUCAUCGUGACUUAAAAGGGAUCGGGAUUGACACCUUGAGAAGCUUUACCAAAUCGCAUUUUAUUGGUCAUCAACUUAGUAGACUUACAAAACCUUAGGGUAAAAAAAAAAACAAAACAAAAACAGCGAGGGAUGCCAGCCCAUACUUAAAUGGUCAAAGACAAUUUAUCCAUGCACAUUUAUAAAAGUUCAGAGUAGUUUACGUUUGGCACUCAGAGCGAAUUAUGAAAAGGUAUAGUACGGUCAAUUCGAGACUUUGAGAGAUUGAGAAACUGCUUUCAAAAUUCGCCACCGAGACUUAUAAUUUUGAAAGCUUUAUGAUUCUGGGCGCUCUGUCUUGGCGCAGGGAUUUCUCUCAGAUUUCGAGACAAAUUCUUUCUUUCUUUAUUUUUAUAGUUCAGAUGGUUCAUACAACAAAAACUUUCCUCAAAUCUUUUAUUUUAUCGUGCCUCCACGCGUGUUUGUGAUUUAAAGGAUACUGACCAAACUAACAUGAAAGUUUCCUUUGGAUCGAGCGAUUCAGCCUUUCCUAAAUCAGGUCCUGGUUGCUCAAAGAAUGGAUAGCGGACGCCCACGGUAUUAAUCUCUGCACAGUGCAUAAUUCCCCUGCUUUCUAGCUACUCAAAAAUUAAUUUUGGGUUUAAUUUAUUUAUAUCUUUUUUUUUCCAUGAAAUGUUAGAAUGUCCACAUAACACAUACAAAGAUUACAUUGGCUUUGCAAGUUCCUGUAAGCCUUGCCCGGUAAAUUCGGGUCAUAACCUUCUUGGAAGUCAUAUUUUCAGUGACUGCAAAUGCUUGAAGGGGUAUUCAGGGGACCCAAUGCAGGACAUUCCAUGCACAAGUAAGAAAGAAGUUUGCAGUUUGUCUACUUUACUUCAUUUUAUCUGUUUUCCCCUCAAAUUUAUAUUUUCGCUCCCCUGAUAGCUACCUUCCAGUUUCACCAUUUGAUAACGACGUUAUUACUUUUACAUAGCCGUUACUUGCUUUAGACUUUUCCCUCCUUGCCUACUGAAUUACAAAGAACGUAUCAUUUUUGAUACAUGAUUUGUUAACUGCGGCGUCUAUUUAACAGUGAUUCCACGAGUGCGCGUUGGAUAUGAAAUGGUGGAUAGCCAACAAGCCGCAUAGCGCCGAGUUGGCUAUAAUCAUCUCAUAUCCAGCAAGCACGAGAAGGAAUAAUUGUUUUAUUAAAAAACGCGCAAAAAAUAUCAAGAAUUAUUCCCGACUUUAUUUGUAAAAACAACCGAUUUUCAGCUUGUUUUUAAAUUUGAGCAGACGCGUACAUUUACGAUAUUUCGAGAGCUUGGUAUAAUGGCUCAUAUGAUGGCUAAGCUAAUCAGAGUUCUUGAAUUGCAUUAUUCAAUGAUUCAUUUUUUAAUAAUGUGCUUUAUUAUUUUCAACAGUUAGACUUUGUGAUCCGUUUGCCCCUCCAAUAAAUGGGUCCUUAGUUGGUGUCUGCAAGUCUGAAUACAACUCAGUUUGCCGCAUCAAAUGUAAUGAAGGUUAUGAAUUACAAGGAGGAAGUGCGCAUGCGGAGAAAAAGUGCAUCGUGAAUAAAAACAACCACAUGGAGUGGACAGAAGGACUUAUUUAUUGCUCUGGUAAGAUAAAAGUCAUGUGA